AUGUCGUGGGCAAUGGCUGCCUACGAUCACGCGGAAACCCACUACAAUAUACUCUGUGCCGUUCCGGACGCACGUAUUCUCCGGUUAUCAGCCGUUGAUGAUCGCAUUUGCAAAACUUUUAGUGAGACUUUUCCUCAUCUUAACGUAGACUGCUUUACCGAAGAUGAUAUCAAGUCUGAGGAACAAAAAGAGCUUUGGCGGUCUUUCUGCAACGAAUUCGAUGGUGUUGUCGAAGACUACAACCGUGGCACCCUUCUGAGGCUUGACUCAUCUGGGGGCUACGAUGAAAAGAACACAUGCAUCGUGCCCCGUGUGCAGUUUCUUGCAAUCGAGAUCGCACGGAAUCGUAGAGGUCUGAACAACCGAAUUCAUCAAAUUAAAUCAGAACAAUGA